GCCAGCAGUCUCGGUCGAGAUUUCGUGGAUAUUUUUUGUACAUUAUUUUCCCAAAAAUCUUUUCGGUAUUACGCAAUACAUAUCUUACCAGUGGCCGCCGACGAUAAUCAUUGGUUGUCCAUUUUCCUUUUAAUAGUUUGCGUCCGGUAUUUAUUUGUUUUUCAAUCAGACCUCUCUCUCCAUACUAAUAUUAUAUCAAUGACUAUAAUAAUAUGAUGUAUAGUGUUUGUCGGAGUCGUUUGUAGUAUAAAUCAGAAAUCUAAAAGCGUUGCGCGCGAAGACUAAACGAAGUAACAAAAACCGAAUCGAUGCCGCGGCCGAUUUAUUAUGAUGACGACGACGACGACAGAGAUGGAUCCCCAGAUAGCAUCGGAUAUGUGGAGGAAGAUCACCCAUUGCAAUUUCACGGUAAUAAAGAGUUGGCGGCACAAGCUGUCAAGUUGCUUCAGGUGCCCAGAAAACGCGAUGACACAUCCUUCGCCUCGUCCACUACUGAUAUGGACGUUCCCAUAUACGUCAGGGGACCCGGUACUCGGCAUUUAGGCGAAAAGAACCUAAACGGAAGACUUGUGUUCGCCAUCAUAGCGUCGGCGUUCGGUUCGGCCUUCCAGCACGGAUACAACACCGGCGUGGUGAACGCACCCCAAACCUUAAUUGAAGAUUGGAUAAGGGGAGUGCUGUCGGCCAGAGAUAAUGGAGCACAAGUUGACAAGUCUCAGGUGACGUUAAUUUGGGCCAUUGCUGUAUCAAUAUUCUGUUUUGGCGGUAUGAUUGGCGGUCUGUUGACCGGUGUCGUGGCUGAGAAGUAUGGCCGUAAAGGCGGUCUACUUGUGUCAAACGUAUUAGUCAUCUUUUCGGCCCUACUUCAAGGAAUAUCAAAAAUGUGUUCGUCUUACGAACUGAUUGUUGUCGGUCGUUUUUUGAUUGGUAUCAAUUCCGGUCUUAACGCUGGCCUGACGCCCAUGUACCUUGCCGAGAUUUCGCCCAUGAACCUCCGAGGAUCUGUUGGUACGGUAUACCAGUUGGUCGUCACGAUCUCCAUACUGAUUUCUCAGAUCUUAGGUCUCGAUUACAUACUGGGAACGGCUGAUAAAUGGCCCAUACUGUUGGCCAUAAUUAUCGUACCGGCUGUGUUUAUGUUCCUCACUCUACCCUUCUGUCCGGAAUCGCCAAAAUACACUUUGAUCAACAAGAAGCAAGACAUGGAGGCGCAGAGAGGUUUACAAUGGUUUAGAGGAACCAUAGAGGUACACGAAGAAAUGGAGGAGAUGAGAGCUGAGAGCGAUGCGAUGAAACUGAUACCUCGUGUCACCCUCAAGGAAAUGUUAGUGAACCCGAUGUUGAGCAUUCCUUUGGGAAUAUCUGUAAUGAUUAUGUUGUGCCAACAAUUGUCCGGAAUUAACGCCGUCAUGUUCUUUUCGACGAAAAUUUUCGAAAUGGCUGAAAUGACGCCGGACGGUGCCAAGUACGCCACACUGGGAAUGGGUUCCCUUAACGUCAUUAUGACUCUGACUUCGUUGUUCCUGGUCGAACUUUCCGGACGCAAGACCCUACUUCUUAUCGGUUUCUCCGCCAUGUUCGUCGACACUGUUUUGCUGACCAUCGCUCUCAUGUUUGUGAAAACUGCCGUUUGGGUGUCAUACAUGGCCAUUAUCUUUGUCAUGGUGUUCGUGAUUGCUUUCGCCGUCGGACCGGGAUCCAUCCCGUGGUUCUUGGUUUCCGAACUGUUCAACUCAUCCGCCCGCCCUCUGGCCACCAGCAUAGCCGUGGGAGUCAAUUGGACUGCUAACUUUGUCGUCGGCUUGGGUUUCCUUCCUCUGCAGGAACUCUUGGGACCUAAUGUGUUCCUUAUAUUCGUGGUGUUGCUCGCGCUGUUCGUUCUGUAUGUAGCCAAGAAAGUUCCCGAAACCAAAAACAAAACGUUGGAGGAGAUCCAGAUGCUGUUCAGACAAGAGUCUUACAAAUAAAUUCAAACAUUCAACGAACAGAUCAAAAUGGUCUCAUGAGCUAGCAACACGUCGUUUGAACGUGAUAAGCCACCGAAAAAUAAAAGAUUCAUCGGAUCGCAGCACUACCAACUAUAACUUACGAAUACCUUUUUAUGUAAUUAUAACUAUAUAUUUUUAGAUUUUAAUAUAGAGAACAAACAUUAAAUAUGUAAUAAAAACAAAUCGAUAUUAGUCGAUAUUAGGUUUACUGCUGUCAUUUUUUGUCAGUAGUCGGUCGUAUUUUUUUAAUCAAAACACAAAACUGUAUAGUAAAAAAAACCAAUUAAUUAUACUUAGAAAUAUAUUAUAUAUAAUGUUAAUGUCGAUAGUGAUGGCAUAUUAUACGAUGAUUGUUAACGGGGGAAAAACCGAUAUCUUCCAUUAAAGUAACUUUAUUUUAGUUUUUAAUCUAUUGAGUUUUAUUCGUGUAGAUAUUUGUUGAUAGAUGACGUUUCAUAUUUAUAUAAUUCACAUAUGUUUCAUUAUUGACUACAAGUCAUUAAUGAAAUAUAUGUUUUUACUACUCGUGUAAACGUUGUGUUGUCAUAGUAUAACGAUUAUUUAUUUUAUUUUAUGUAUUUUUUAUUUAAUAAAACUAUAAUUUAUGA